AUGGCGGAGAACGGAACAAACAAGAUUCGAUGCAGCACGGGAGGAGAGUGGAGGGCUCGCGGAGAGUUUUCCAAGAACCAGCUCAGGAAGUAUGACGAGAACCUCCGCAAGCGCUCUCCUGGAGUCACUGCAGCCGAUAGUGGCAUCAAUUGCCUCGAGCACUCUGGAAAUGUCGCCAAGGAACUGCGGUGCAAGGGUCCAUGCCAGCAGUGGCUCGCGUUCAGUCAGUUCAGCAAGAGGACGCGCAAGAUGAACCGAAACUGGUGCCUUCAAUGCACUGCUUGGCAGCUCAGCCAGGAGCCCGGCUACAUUCCAUUUGCCGCCCCGAACAACGUGCUCUCCCUCGACGAGAAGCGCAAGAUCACGGAGAGCCAGGACCAUAUCUUCCUGGAGGCCCUUGGCAGCCACAGCCCUGCCGAGGAUGACCAGAGCUCAGAUGAGACUAUGACCACCUCCGCUGCUGCCCAACACGACGUGUUCUCGGAGAUCCGCUUCGACCCGGAGGCGGUCCAACCUCUCUCGGAAGCCACCCUCGCCGCUUGCAACGCGAAGAUGUAUGCCACCGAGACCACACGCACCGUUGCUGCCACGGAGGACAGCCGCCCGACCUGCUCUGACUUUGUCAGCACCUUUCAGACCAGUGUCACUGGAACAACAUCCAAGGACCUCGCCGACAGCGACACUGGCACCUCGGUCGCUGCGACCACCCCACAGGCAUCUCACAACGGUGCCGAGGCAACCCCAUUCAAUGCCUGGGGCCCCAACGGUCAGCCCGCGACUAGACGCAAGGCAGUGACUGUUGUGUCUGCUGUCACUUCGACCGUGGGCGGCACUCGUCCUCGGGAUAGGCCAGACGGUCCCAGCGGCUGGGCCCGUCCUUCUACCCGGAAGACUGAACUCCUGGUCCCCGCCUACGUCACCCAGCAAGGCUUCUUCUCGGAUCCCGUCAGCGACUGGGACUCGGACGAUAGCCCGGACGAAUGCUGA